CGGGGCGCGCCUGCGCAGUAGCAGAGGGGCGGUGUGAUGGUGGUGGGCCCGGCGCGGGAAGGCUCCACCUGCUGGGCACGGCGCGGUGGCUGCUAUCCGCCGGCGGGAGACCACGAUGGCCCCCGUGAGCUUUAGGAGCCCUCUGCUGUUCUGCCUGGUGGCCGCAUGGCUCGGCCCUGUCCCGGCCGAGGAGCCCGCGGCGGAGAGUCUGUCCUCACACGGCCGCCUCGAUAAGAACUUGGUGCAGGAUAAAGACCACAUCAUGGAACAUUUAGAAGGAGUUAUUGAAAAACCGGAGUCUGAGAUGUCUCCACAAGAGCUGCAGCUGCAUUACUUCAAAAUGCAUGAUUACGAUGGCAAUAAUUUGCUAGAUGGGUUAGAGCUUGCUACUGCUAUAUCACAUGUCCACAAAGAGGAAGGUGGUGAGAAUACCCAGGCAAUGAAAGAAGAGGAGCUAAUUAGUCUAAUAGAUGACGUCUUAAGAGAUGAUGAUAAGAACAAUGAUGGAUACAUUGACUAUGCAGAAUUUGCAAAAUCACUGGAAUAAGGUUUUGAAGGGGGCUUGUUUCUCCAUCUAACAGAAUGGGAAUGUGACCCAGUAUAAUGUGAUUUAUUAAUCAUGUCAACCUUUGUGCUGAGGUAUUUGUGAGCUGAAGUGUCCAGUUGAAUUUGUUUGCAAACUCUGUGUGUUAAGAGGCUGGCUAAUCUCAGAAUGGUAGCCACGCUUGACUAAAAGUAGGUACGUAUAUGAAUCUCGAAUGAUGGAAGCAUCAAAAUAUUUCCAUAGGCCACAGCUGGCAAACUCUUAAGCUAAAUGUGAAUACUUAAUACAAUCAAAUACAAUCCAAAUUCCUCUUUUUUUUUUUAA